AUGUCGACAACCAACAAUAUUUCAUCGCCUAGAGCAGAAAGCCACAUCGCACGUCCACAAAGUCAAGUUCGAGACGUGCAAACGGAAUACACCGACCAAUACCCACCAUUGAACGACCCGAGGGCGCUGAAACAAGCAAGAACCAUCGAAAAAACUCGUGCGACCAAACUUGCAAACAAGAUCUCCAAACACGUGCAAGAUAAAGGAAGUCGCACCGAACUCAAGUACAUGAAGAAAGAUUUCUGCGCGCUUAUCGACGACUGCUUUUCAAUCCAAGAGCAAUAUUGUAAAUCAAAAGGAGAUGAAGAUGAACGUGACAAGCAAUGGUCGGAAGAACUCGACUGGAAUUCAAAAAUAAUACUUUCCAUAAUCGAAGAUUAUUUGGCAAGGUCAUCCCGUCCGGCAUCCAUAGCAUCCAGCCAGUCGAACGCUACUAUCCAUUCACUGCAGCCUAAUCGUCCAGCAAGCCGGCAAUCGGCAUCACCAUCACCAUCAAGUUCAAUCUCGACGCAGUUCUCAAAAGCUUUGGAAGUGGAAAAAAGUCAGCGACAAAAAUUAGAGAAGCAGAUCCAACAAAUGAAACUAGACGAAGAAGAAAAAAUUUUACAAGCCGUCGAAGAUGAAAGAAGUCGUCAGUCCAUCAUAAACACGAAAGCUAAUCACGAAGCCGAAAAACAUGCUAAAGAAUUAGCUGAAGAAAACAACAAAAUCAAAACCGCGCUGGAGAUAGAAAAACAAAAACAAAAAGAGCUGUUCGAAGCUGUCCAAGAAAAAGAUCGAUUGCUGAGGCAAGAACAAAAAGAGAGGCGCGAAAACGACCAAAAAUUACACCAAGUGAUUCAUGAACAGGAAAAAAAAAUUGUCAGCAUUUCCUCAAACCCAUCGUACGCCCAAUCCUUUCAGCCUCCGCAAUUCGAUACAACCAGGAGGCCCGGAACAGUUUACGGUGAAGAUUUAUUUACAACCAAUCAGAUGACAAUACGUCAACCUGAAAAUGAACGAGUCAAUUUCAAACAAUGGACAGCCCACAACGACAACUUAAGGUCGUCAACAGCACAUUCCGUCGAUUUUAACCGCAACCCAAGAUCAGUUUUUCGUCUCCCGAAAUUAGAUUUAAAACCCUACGACGGCGAUCCGAAAAAAUGGCCCGACUUCAUUGCAAUUUUUAGAGAUUUGGUUCACUCUGACAGCAGCUUGUCUGCAACAGAAAAAAUGGCGUUACUCAAGCGAUCUCUAUCAGAAGAAAUCCGAAAUGGACUGGGUGACUCACUCAGCAGCUCGGCUUUGUACAGUGAAGCUUUGACCGAGCUCGAAAGUACGUAUGGACAUCCUCAAAUUGUAUCAAGAGCAUACAUCCAAUCUCUGAUCGAGUUGCCGAAAGUGAACAACAACGACUACAAGACACUGCUCAAGUUUUCGCAAACCCUCAACGGAGCAGUAUCUUCUUCAAAAAACGGAGGCUACGAGCACGAGCUGAAAGCGUCGGGCUUGCUCGAGCUCAUUUUGGCAAAGCUUCCAGUGGAAUUACAAAGCAGGUGGGGGAGGAAGAUAGUCAAGAGUCAUCCUGUCUGCCUAACCCUUCAAGACUUCUCAAAUUGGAUUCACGUAAUAGUCAAAGGAGAAAUGAUGGCCAAACAUUGUUUAGUGUCAACAGCAUCAUCGUCCCCGCCCAACAAAAGCAUCCUAAAGCCGGGCCGGCAGCAAACGGACCAAAAGACAAAGCAUCCUCCUACAAUCAACAUAAUCGAAAAAAAAGCAUCCGCUGCAGUCUCAACAGCAGUCAAACAUCACGAUGUAAACAAAACCUUGACGUGUCUCUUGUGCAGAGGAGACCACCGACUUUCAUCGUGUACAAGCUUCACAUCUUUGUCUUUAGAAGAAAGGAUAAAGAUCAUCAAGGACUACAACUGCUGUCUACGCUGCCUAACCAAAGGUCACUGGACGAAAGACUGUUUCAACAAAACCAAGUGCAACGUUCAAGAAUGUACUGCCCAUCACCACCCACUUCUUCACGGUGCCCCAAACCUGAGUGUGUCAUUUAAAAAUGAGGGAAAGGCACUCAAGGAACAUAAAUCCGAGGCAUCGGAAAAUAAAAACACAACCAAAAAGGGCGUAGGAACGCACACCGUCGAAGGAGAUUCAACCACGACCCUGCUACUGACAGUUCCAGUCAUCAUUGAAGCUAACGGAGUGCAUGUCCAAACAGUAGGCAUCUUGGAUCAGGGAAGCCAAGCAUCAUUGAUUCUCGACAAAAUAUCAAAAAAACUCAAACUCGAUGGUCCUACACAGUCAUCACCUUUAGCGACCUUUCACGGAAACGAUCCAAAGAUUAAAGUAAAAUGUGUAUCUUUCAACAUUCUCACCGCUGAUUCCAGUCGCUCCUUUGAAGUCAAGUCUGCGUAUACAGUCCCGCGUCUACAAAUUCACAACACUAGCCUAAAUUGGUCGGUAGUCAAACAUCGAUGGGCGCAUCUCCGUGACAUCGAACCAAUCAACGUAGAUAGAAGUGAAAUAGGCGUUCUUUUAGGACGUGAUGUGCUCCGCGUUCACGACGUACUCGAUUCCCGUUAUCCAGCCGACGGAGCUGACGCCCCAGAUGCAAUCAAGACUCAUUUCGGAUGGUGUGUAACUGGACCAGUGGCAACCGCCGCUUUGCAUCCAACUCUUCACAUCAACAUGCUCUCUACCAGCCAUCAACUCACGGAUCAGUUUCUUCACGACCUCGUCAAUCAAUUCUGGCUCACGGAAAGUUUCGGUGUUCGUCCUUCAACAACUUUGCCUUUAUCAACAGACGACAGAGCAGCAUUGAAAAUUCUCGAGCAGACGACGCGUCAUACUGGAGAAAGGUACGAAGUCGGGUUAAUGUUGCGCAACCCACAAAUCAAUAUUCCGAAUAAUCGUGAAGUCGCCGCCCGACAUUUCAACUCGCUGCAGAAACGUUUUGUCCGUGAUCCAGCUUUCGCCGAAAGAUAUUCCCGUGUAAUGAAUGAAUACAUCUCCCUUGGACACGCAAAAGUGGUGGACGUUAACAACUCCAACUGCAAAGGCGCCACCUGGUACCUUCCGCAUCAUGGCGUGACAAACCCAAACAAACCGGAUAAAGUUCGCGUCGUGUUUAAUCCAUCCGCUCGUCACAAAGGAACAUCGCUGAACGAAAAACUGUACAAAGGCCCCGAUCUUCUAACGAGUCUCAUUGGUGUCCUUCUUCGCUUCCGGCAACUUCCCGUCCCAAUCUCCGGCGACAUCGAGAAGAUGUACCAUCAAGUUCUUGUUCCAAAAGAGCAACAAUCUCUCUUUCGUUUUUUUUGGAGCGACGCAGGAGAACCGAAAGAAUAUCAAAUGACAGUUCAUGUCUUUGGUGCCGUAUCGUCUCCAACCAGCUGCAUCUACGCCCUGCGAAAAACAGCAGAAGACUUCGGCAGCCGCUUUCCCGGCGUAGCCGACGCUGUAUUCAAGAACAUGUACGUGGAUAAUUAUUUGGACUCAACAGAGACAGAAGGAGAAGCCAUCGCAAGAUUACGCGACGUGUCAGCAUUGUUAAAGUGUGGUGGUUUUAACAUGGUCCAAUGGCUCUCAUCCUCUCGAUCUGUUUUGGCCGCCGUCGAUCACUCCGAUCUCUCGCGAUCACUCGAUCUGGAUGCUGACAAACUCCCAAUCGAACGGACUCUUGGACUACUCUGGAAUUGUCAAAACGAUUCAUUCAACUUUAAAUCUUCGAUCAAAAUCCAAGCCAAAACUAAACGUGAGGUGCUCCAAGAAGUAGCCUCCGUCUUCGAUCCGCUCGGAUUUCUCUCUCCAGUUGUAAUGACAGCUAAAAUAUUGCUUCAAGACAUUUGGCGAUCCGGUGCGGAUUGGGACGAUCCACUGCCUCCUACUUUGUUAGACAUUUGGACGGCAUGGGCAAAAGACCUUUCAUCAAUCGCUUCCAUCACGAUUCCGCGCUGCUUCCGGUUACAAGAAAAACCCCAAUAUUUUGAGCUUCACGUUUUUUCUGACGCAUCUGAGCUCGGUUACGGUGCGUGUGUCUACCUGCGAGCCAAAUAUGCAAACGGAACCUUCCGUCUCAAUCUUCUUCUCGCAAAAGCAAGAGUCUCCCCGUUACGCCAGUUGUCUAUUCCACGUUUGGAGCUACAAGGUGCAGUACUUGGCGUUCGAUUAUGUGACUCAGCCGUCAACGAGCUUGGACCCAUUGCAUCACAAGUAAUCUAUUGGUGUGAUUCUCAAACGGUACUACAAUGGAUCCACUCAAAGUCAUGCAAAUAUCAUGCGUUCGUCGCUCACCGGAUUACCGAAAUUCUCGAUAGCAGUGCCGCUUCCCAGUGGCGCCACGUCCCAGGCGAAAUGAAUCCAGCCGACGAUUGUUCCAGGGGUAUUCCCGCUACUCAUCUUACAACUCAACACAGAUGGUUCCGCGGCCCAGACUUCCUCGCCUUACCACCAUCUUCAUGGCCUUCAACUGGUGUUAUCGUUGAGCCAUCAUCAGACGAUCCUGAGGUGUCACCGGCAAAAUGGGUCGGCCACAUUCAGGUCACCAACGACCACCCCGUCUUCAACCUAAUCCAAAACUCAUCAAAUCUGCACAAGUUGAAGCGGAUCGUCGCAUGGCUACUUCGGUUCGUUAACAAUCGCCAAAUCAAUCCUAAAAAUCGACAAUGCGCUCCUUAUGUCAAAGCUCCUGAACUCCGUGAUGCUCUUCGCUAUAUAAUCCGCGUCGAUCAACGCCAUUUCUUCGACAACGAGUUCUUAUGUUUGAUCAAAGGACGGCCGGUCUCAACAGCGUCUUCACUAGCCAAUCUCACACCAUUCUUGGAUCCCCACGGAGUUAUCCGGGUUGGUGGAAGGCUCCAGCACGCGUCUCUUCCGGAAGACACCAAACAUCCAAUUGUGUUGUCCUCCGACAGCCAACUUUCAAUAAUGGUCAUCACCGACAUGCACGAACUUCUUAUCCAUGCAACAACAGAGCCUACGCUUCACGCACUUCGGGAAAAAUAUCACGUCCUCCAUCCUCGGGCCUCCAUAAAUCGGGUAAUCCGCAAUUGCUUCACCUGCAAGCUCCGUCGCAGUCAACCAGCGCCACCCCUUAUGGGACCACUUCCAGCUAGCCGUCUCAAAACACAUCUUCCCCCUUUUACUAAUGUCGGCAUCGACUUUUUUGGCCCGUUGCCAGUAGUAAUCUUGAGAAGAUCUGUCAAACGCUAUGGCGUCAUGUUCACAUGCCUAGACUGUCGAGCUGUACAUCUCGAAGUUGCAGAUUCCCUGGAUAUGGACUCUUUCAUAAACGCUUUCUCACGUUUUGCUGACCGUCGUGGCCUCCCUCAACUUUGCUACAGUGACAACGGCACAAAUCUGGUCGCCGGUGAGCAGGAGAUCAAUCGCAUCCUUUCCCGCUGGAAUGAAGCUGACUUGGUGCGUAAGAUAGAGAAAUUGAAAAAUCAACCUAUCGAAUGGAGAUUCAGUCCGCCCGUAGCUCCCCAUUUUGGUGGCUCGUGGGAGCGACUGAUCAAAUCUGCUAAAACCGCCCUUCGAGGGAUUUUGAACGAUCGGUCCGUUACCGAAGACGUCCUCGUCACGGCAAUUGUUGGAGCUGAAGCCCUCAUAAAUUCCCGUCCGUUGACCCACGUCAGCGUCGAUCCCAAUGACUUUGAGGCCAUCACACCGAAUCAUUUUUUACUGUUGCGUGCUCAUCCGGGGUGCCAUCUAGAUUCUUCUCCUGGUUCCACAACAUCCAGCAGAAGGCGUUACGAACAAGCUCAGGAGUUAAUCACACAUUUUUGGAACAGGUGGCUCCGAGAGUAUGUCCCCAACCUCAUCGAAAGGAGAAAAUGGCUUCGUUCACGGCGAAACCUCGCUGUCAACGACUUAGUUCUCGUCGUUACACCGAAUUCCCCUCGCGGAUCAUGGCCCAUUGGUCGCGUCUUCAAUGUCCAUCAAGGUCCCGACGGAGUCGUCCGAUCCGCCGACGUCAAAGUCUUUCGAGUCGUACCCAACCCAUCCAAGCGUGGAAGCCGGCCUUCAGACGUCAAAUGUACCACUCAUCUCUACACCCGUCCGGUCCACAAACUUUGCCUUUUAGAAGAGGACGAGCAAGAUGUUUCCGAGGACGGAAACAGGGCCGGCAAUGUGCGAGACGUCUAA